AACAACGCCUGGGGUGUGGAGCCGAAACCUCCAAAACGCCAACGGUUAUCUCCUCGCCGAUCGGCGGAAGAAUCUCGAUUCGAUUCAAAAUCCACGUAUCCAAAUCGCAAGACCACACCCACACCUCCCUCCUCCCCUCCACCCAGAGCGAUCCCGCCCGCCCGCAUCGGAUCACAUCGCGCCGGAGCCUGACGCCGUGCCGUCAACGAAUCCAUGGGACCCACGCCGCCGCACACGGACGACACUAGGGUUGCGCAGCUCCCGCUCCCCGGCGGCGCCGAAGAUUACGUGCGCGACUCCAUCCACGCCUCCCUGGGCCUCCCCGUCUCCGAUCGCUCCCUCCGCCUCAAGCUCCUCGCCUCCGAGGAGCAGCGCCACCGCCUCCAGGACCACGUCUUCUCGCUCGAGGAAGACCUCCGCGCAGCCCAGCGCCGCAUCGACCUCCUCAAGGCCGAGGCCGCCAUGAACGCCGCCGGCCUCCGCCGCUGCGUCGAGGAAAAGGAAGCCGUGGCCGCCGCAUACGCCGACCUCUCCGACAAGAGCAGCAAGGAGUGUCGGCUCUACGAGCGGGACCUCGAGCGCGCCAUGGAGUCCUGUGACGACCUCGCCAGGGAGAACGACGACCUCCGCGCACGCCUAAACCAGAACACAGAUUUGGCAGCAUUGAUGGUGCAAGUGCAAGAACUACAUAAGGAAAAGGAGAUUCUGAAGAUGAAUCUUGAUACGGCGGAGGCAGAGGUCGUGACACUGAGUGAGGACAACAGGGCUCUUGAUGAAGAGAUCAAAAGGCUGCUGAGUUUGUUGGAGAAGGAGCGACAGCGCCGGUCUGAAAGAAAGAAAUCUGCCAGUACAUCCACCAAGAACAAGCGCAAGUCGUCUAGCUUGAGGGAUGGCAACACAACUGGCAGGGCUCUUGAUUUCGGCUGUGCAGAUUCUUCAAGGCAUCCAUUGUCCCCAUUGCCCCACAACUCCCCAGACUACAGGGCGCACAAGAAGUGAAGGCAAGAACCAACAAACCAACCAUUCAGAGCAUUUCCAGAUUACCUUGUGCGCAACGCGAGUGUUGCAUCAUGCCGCUAAUGAUCUGAUUCAAAUAUGGUCCCUGCUAAUUUUCUUUCUUUCCUGUUUCGGUUGCUGCGAUGUUUUUAGACCAGGAGCAAAUUUAUCAGCAAAUGUAUGCUUGCUUCGCUUGCAUUCUAUUACAUUGGUAGAGGUUGCUGUUGUUUUUGUGAUGGUUCUUAAAGAAAUGAGAAGGCACAUGGUUUGUU